CUAAAGCCGGAUUGAUUUUCUUUAGAUUUUCAAAAAGAAAAUCACAGUUCAAGAAUAUGGUAGCGCUGAUUACUUCUUGGGUGAUUCUGAACCACCUAAACUUCUUUUAGAAAUGGAAAAGGAAGAUCAGCUUCUGAGGCCAGUGAUUCAGUCGAGAAAUCAAGCUGUGCAAAGAAUAAAGGAAAGUCAACAGCAGUUUAUCUUUGUAGCAUCAUUACUUGAUCGAAUACCUAACAUUGCUGGGUUAGCAAGGACAUGUGAGGUAUUCAAGGCAGCAGGUCUGGCCGUUUCUGAUGCAAGCAUCAUACAUGACAAACAAUUUCAACUGAUUAGUGUAACAGCUGAGAAGUGGGUUCCUAUCAUAGAGGUUCCUGUGUUCAGCUUGAAGGUUUUUAGAAAAGAAAAAAAGCGAGAAGGUUUCUCCAUCUUAGGCUUGGAGCAGACUGCAAACAGUGUUCCUCUUGACCAGUAUUCCUUCCCACGGAAAACAGUUCUAGUCCUAGGGAGAGAAAAGGAAGGAAUCCCUGUGGAUAUUAUCCAUGCACUAGAUGCCUGCGUGGAGAUUCCUCAGUUGGGCAUUAUUAGGUCUCUCAAUGUGCAUGUUAGUGGUGCCAUUGCUUUAUGGGAGUACACUCGGCAACAGCGAUCUAAGCAACUAUGAGAGUUUUAUAACAUUAUUUGGAGUUGUAAUGGCAAUUUUUUUGACAGUGAACUUAAUUGCAACAAUUUAGAUUCUCUUGAUGAUCAUGCACCUCUGCUAUAAUUAUUGCCAAGCAUACAUUAUACAUCAGUAGUUUAAACAUCGAUUUCUCUCUGCGAUAAUUGUUGUGAAGCAUUCAUUAUAUAUCAGUGGUUUAAACAUCAAUUUCUCUUUUAUCUGGUUGAGUUGGUGUUUGAUACUCAUUUUGACAAAUUGUCCUCAGAUUGAAUUGAUUAUGAGGCCAGAAGGAAGCCUAAAUCAUUUGGUUGGUGUUUUUACUGGUUCUGAGUUUUCUAUGGUUGAUAUGAUGGUUCAUCUCAUAAUAGCAUUUCUUGUGUCAUAAUGUUUUUGUUACUGUUUCAUAGGACUGGUAUGGAAGACUAGAACAUAACAGCAGGUGACUUGGAUGAACAUGCAGACCAGCGAUGAUAAGCUGCAGGUAUGCAUGAUCUUGUCAUAAAUGAUGUGAAAAGUCAGGCUUGGAUUUGGAUGCAAGAGAUCUUGGUGGGGGGCGUCACUAGUAGGAAGAA